AUGUCGACCUUGAAGCACUCUAUUCGACACCAACAGGCACAGCUACACAGCUUGGAAAAUAUCAUAUUGCGUGGAUCACGCCCGUUACCAACUGGCUUUAUGGCUUCCUCUCAUUCUCCCCAUCCCUCGUCAGACGAUGUCUUGGACAUAAGUCCUUGUCCUGUCUCAUAUACCACGAGCUUUUCAACUCCAAAAAUGCAACGUCGCUCUAGUUUUGAUGUUUUGCAAGGUCUCGCUGGUCGCGAGUCAAAUCUUCCACUGCCGAGGAGAGAAAGUGCGACACCCACAAUGAAACGCGAUGGUAUCCGCGAGGGUAUCCCCAUGGACUUCAGCAUCAGUCCCAGUAAUGGAAUCAACCCUAAGCGUAUGUCUAGUCCAACGCGCACACUGAGUCGGAUACCUGUGGCUUCUGUAGGGAAUGCCCGUGCUUUAGCCGACGAUGGUCUCUCCCCAGCUCGUAACUCCCCUCCAGCAAUUUUACCAAUUGACGCUCAUACUGCCAAUCACUCAGACAAUUUGAAUGCCUCUACUUCUUCACUCCAAGCUCCGUCAUCUCCUAAUAGACGUAUCUCUCUUACGCCUGGGGGGACGACCAAAGUUUUGGCUGAUCUUCAGGCCGGUGUUAUGGGUGCUCGCAAUGCCUUGGAAAACACCAAGUCUCAACUACGUCUGUCACAGCGCACUGUUGCACAGUUGACACGACAGACCGAGGAUUUGAAAGAAGGCCGAGAACGCCUCAGACUGGAAAAUGAAGGUCUUAACAAUGUUGUAGCUAGAAAGGAGAGGUUAUUGCAAGAGGUUCUUGAGCGGGCCCGUAAAGCUGAAGCUGAGGCAGCAGCCCUGAAAUCUCAGCUAAAAACGGACACUGCGACCUCCAAAAAGUCUCUCCGCGAGAUGGAAUCUGCUCUCGCUGAAUCAACCGCGCUUUCUCAGAAGGCUGAACGCGAGUACAUUACCUUGCGCGACAGCAUCAAAAGCAUGACUGAGAGUUGGAAGCAUGAUACUGAUCGGCUUCGUGACGAAAUGCGGAAGCGCGAGGAUAAGCUGAAAAAGGAAGCUGAAUCGGUUGGCAAGAAGUAUAAGCUUCUCGCAGAUGAGAUGAAGGAAGCGCAACGCCUGCAAACUUCUGUGAAGGACCUCAAAAACGAGGACCAGAAAAUCAGGACAGAAGUUGAAGAAGAGUUCCGCGAGGAAAUUGUCAAACUGAAGGCACAGGUUGAACUUCAGUCUCAUCAAAGUGAUGAGGCAGUUGAGACGGCAAGAACUUUGGCGGGUGAUCUGGCUCGCCUCCGCCGCUUGAUGCAGUCUGGUGCCAAGUCCCCUCCACCUUACACUGAAGUCCCACCUCCUUGA